GGUACCAAUAGUCGAAUACCAUAACGCAAAUUGAAGACGAAGCAGGAACCACAAUCUGGGUUGAUCUAUGAGUACCGGCACCACUAGAAUGCUAGUGAAGGAGAUGUUGCAACUCUCUUCUUCCACACUUCACUUCUCUUCUGCGUUUCGCGCCCUUUCUCCUCCUUUGCCAUUCUCGAUUCAAUUGCGACGCUCGCGCCGCCCUGCAAUUCGAUGCGCUUCCUCAGACUCCGACAAAGUAUCGUCUCGGCUGUCGCAGGUUCAGCACCUUCUUCAACAGGCCGAACACCGUGCUCUCUCCGCCGACCAGGGCCCACCUCCUAAAAUCACCUUAGAUCAUGUUACGGUGAGCUUUGCCAGAAGUGGAGGACCUGGGGGUCAGAAUGUCAAUAAAGUGAACACUAAGGUGGACAUGCGCUUCAACGUUAAAAAUGCAUAUUGGUUAAGUGACAGGGUCAGGGAGAAGAUUUUGCAAACGGAGAAAAACCGUAUUAACAAGGAUGGGGAGCUUGUGAUUUCUUCAACCAAAACUAGAACGCAGAAGGAUAACAUUGAGGAUGCUUUGGCAAAGCUUCAGGAAAUCAUUGAUGCAGCAUCUCAUGUCCCACCACCUCCCUCAGAAGAUCAAAAGAAGAAAAUUGCAAAGAUGGCUGCCAUAGGAGAACAGAAACGCCUCAAAAGCAAGAAGGUGCUUUCAGAUAAGAAGGCGUUCAGGAGAAGUAAAAAUAGCUGGGACUAAUACGGUGUUGUCCAGAAUCUUGAAACUGUUUUAUGAUUUUUGACGCAGAACCACAGUCCUCUGAAUUCUAAUACUACCAUAUUGGAUACACACAGUAGAUGAAUGGUUGAAUAUAACCGUGAAUUCGAGUAGCAUAGCCCAACAAGCAACCAACCCACUGGAUGGACCUCAAUGGUGGUUAGUUAGCCAAAAUUGUGAUGUAGCUAGGAUCUAAACGAAUACGAUAUUUUCAAUUAGAAAUAUCAUAUAUUGGUUGAAUCUGUAGUGUUUUUCUUUGUCA